AUGAAUUAUUCAGAUGCGCCUUGGGUAAUUUUUCGACCGUGUGAUAUACUCAAGCAGAGUAAUUGGUCUCAUAGCCAGCAUUUGAAAUGUUCUCUGGCUCAAUUCAUCGGUUUAUGGUCAGGUUAUAUACUGCCAGUUGUCACUGUGUUAACUGCAAUAUUCAAUCUAUUAAUCUGUGUAUCAAUUGCACUGAAAGCCAGUAAAGUAUCGAAACAAAUGAUUUACAUAUCCGGUGUCUGUUUAUUCAGUGUCAUAUCGAAUGGUGUGUUUGUCUGGUUGCGCCAAUUUCCUUCCGUUGGUCUACCCUAUGCAACAAAUGGAAAGACAUACUUCACAUUUAUAUUUAUUUCUCCGUUCGCCUGUCGGCUUUAUCGUUUUGUCUACACAUUUUCUUGUACAGCAAUGUGUAAUAUGCGAGUGUGUGCUUCACUGUGCCGGUGUUUAGCUAUUUGCACGCCAGUAAAGUAUAAAAGCUGUUCAAAUCGUUAUGCAUGGCGUAUUUAUGGUAUAAUUAUUAUUGUCAGUGCAAUUCUAAUGCUUCCAUUUGCAAUAUACGCUGAUUGGUUUACAAGCAAUGGUAAAAUAAGAUGUUGGUAUAAUCCACACUAUGUGGGCUUACCGAUUUAUCAAGCUCUACUAUCGAAUCUUGGUCCUGUGCAGAAUAUACUACUAAUUAUUUUGGAUUUAACUUUUGUUAUCAAAAUUCGUAAACAGAGGCAUGGCGCUUUGAUAACUAAAUUAACUCAAGUAGAGCGUAAGCAACUGAGAAUUUCUAUGUUACUAUUAUUAUCAUCAGUUACAUUCAUUUGUGUAGCAGUGCCACAUGGUGCAUUCUACUUACUGGCUAGGAUAUAUAUUUUGAAAUCACAAGAAUGGAUAGCAGGUAAUUUCCUGUAUUUAACUACAGUUUUCUGGUUUAUAAAUGAUAUCAGAGAGUUCAGCGAUAUAGUUAUUUAUCUUGUUUGCUUUAAAGCAUCCGAACAAAUUUUUGCACAUUUCUCAUCCAUGUAUCAGAAAAUUGUUGGUGGGUGUAAAGUUUCAUUCAAUAAACUACAUGGGUGCAUUUCGGAGGAUUUCAGAGAGACGAUGCCUCGAAAAAUUAAGACUGAAGUGAAGUGA